CUGGUUGGUUGGUUUUACGGCAGUCGUGAGUGAGGGCGUGGAGUUGGCGCGACAGAAGCUGGAAGUGGAGGAAGAGGCUGAGACGGCCGUGGCGGAGGGGCUCCGGCUCUGCCCACUGGCCAGUCCAAGCUGCGAGAUGAGGCCACAGCAGCCACCGGUUGCCAGCAAGGUCUUUGUCCAGCGGGACUACAGCAGUGGCACCAAGUGCCAGUUCCAGACCAAGUUCCCUCAGGAGCUGGAGAAUCGGGUCAAUAGGCAGCAGUUUGAAGAAACAGUGCGAACUCUAAACAAUCUUUAUGCAGAAGCAGAGAAGCUUGGGAGCCAGUCUUACCUCGAAGGGUGUCUGGCCUGCUUGACUGCCUACACUAUAUUCCUGUGCAUGGAGACGCAUUAUGAAAAGGUUCUGAAGAAAAUUGCCAAGUACAUUCAGGAACAGAAUGAGAAGAUCUAUGCCCCGCAGGGCGUCCUCCUUACUGAUCCCAUUGAGAGAGGGCUAAGAGUUAUUGAAAUUACCAUUUAUGAAGACAGAGGUGUGAGCAGCAGGAGAUAAGACCCUGAUGUCCAAGGGUCCAACUUCUUUGUCCCAGAAAAGUAUCCCUUCCACCUCUAUCGUAGCAUCAUUCCUUUCUGCUGCCGCCAACUCGAUGGUGCCAUCUACCACAAAGACUUAGCUUCUCAAAAUCCUGUGAACAGGAAAGCAUCCGUGUUGUGUCGUUACGGUAAGCCAUAACCAAUGGUGUCCUCCAGUUAGCUAGCUUCCAAGGACAAAUUGAACAACUGUAAAAAACAGCAGCUGGCACAAGACCAAUCCAGAGCUGACAGAUGACAAGCAAGCAAGUUUUGCAAGCACUGGGAUUUUGUCAGCUUUUCUAGAAAGAAAGCAGCCAGUGUCACCUGGGCAGCUGAGUUUCCAAAAACUGUGGCCCACGCUUGUGAAGUGCAGCAUGGUAUUUCUCUGCUUGUCAAGAAGAGACUUGAAACAAAUAGCACCUUGAGUUGAAGACUCCUUUAGCGGUAACAACAAGAAGAAUGCAAAAAGGGCUUCCUGUUUUUAAUACGUGGCCAAGAGCUGGCAUGAUCUUUGAGACAUGAAGCCUGCUGCUUUUGCUGCAUCUUUCAAGAGAGGAGGCGGUAAAUGGCUUGUUUCAUUCGACAUCAGGAAGUGCGGCAGCCAAGAUGUAUGCUGUACCAUAAAUGUAACCACCCCCUGCUCUCCACCCCUUAUUUUAGGUGUUAAAUAUGUCAGCUAGGUAAUAAAUAGCUUUCUCGAUUUUGUUAGAAGUUCUAAAAGAUUUUAGGGCAAGCUGGUAACUUGACUAGAAAUGGCGUUAGGACAGCAUUUUGUCUCGCACAAAGUCCGCAAUUCUGCAGUCUGUAGUAUUUCCACUUGCAUUUAACAUUCCUCCAGCGAUGCUUGCAAAAACAAAUAGAAGACUUCAGUCCUCCUUAUGCAUGGAGUGUCUUUUCUCUUUCAUCCAAGUGGGCCCUUGAGGAGCAGCUGGUAAGAGUCGCUCAGCUGCUUGGCAAGCGCCAUCGCCUCCCAGGCCCCUGGAUUCAGGGGUCUGCCAAAGAAGACCACUUACCAGACAGACAGAAUAUUUGACUUUCUGAGUGAUUCAGGAGAGGCUAAUAGUGAAUCAGGGUCUUCAGGUGGAUUAUCCUUAAUACCUAUUCCUUGCUGGUUUCUUUAUCCUUGUCUCUAGAAGUCUGUUCAAUAUUUAAGUGUAUAAAACACCUGGUUUUUCUAAUCUGUAACAGUGUUUUGCCUUUUGCACCCGUUACAAUCAGUUUUGAGAAAUAAAUGGAUUAGUAACUUUUUUUUUCUUAAAUAAAUUUUGUCACUGAUCUGAA